UGUAGAAGCUGUGUAUGGCAGGGUGAUGUUAGCGAGCCGCAGGUAGCUGACAGCGCAGUGAAAGGAGCACAGCCUGCCACGUGCAGCCGAGCUAUUUGCUAAAUAACAUUAGCGGCUCUACGCUUAAAUAAACAGGUCGGACGCUGCCUGUGGCCUCAGUCAUGCCGUCCAGCCUAGGCUCCAGCGGUCCUGCCGCAGCCCUGAACGAGGUGCUGGAGAACACGGGCCGGCUGAUUGACAGGCACCUGCAGGACGAUCGCUGCUUCCCCGACCUGUCCGAGCUGCUCAAUGUGCCGGCACACAACAUGCCCUCUGUUUCUGGGGUGUCAGACAUGGACUAUCCUCUGCAGGGACCUGGGCUGAUGACUGUGCCGAGUCUGGCUGAGCUGAGCGGUGUCCGCAGGGUCCCGCUGCCCCCGGAGCUGGUGGAGCAGUUCAGCCACAUGCAGUGCAAUUGCAUGAUGGGAGUUUUCCCAGAGAUCAGCCGAGCAUGGCUCACCAUCGAUAAUGACAUCUUCAUGUGGAAUUACGAGGAUGGGGGGGAUGUGGCCUACUUUGAUGGGCUCAGUGAAACCAUCCUGUCAGUGGGGCUGGUCAAACCAAAGGCAGGGAUCUUCCAGCCCCACAUUCACUUUCUGCUGGUCCUGGCCACCCCCGUGGACGUUGUGAUCCUGGGCCUCAGCUUUCCCAAAGCUCAGACAGGCCUGAAUGACAGCAUGUCGGGAGGGAUGCAGCUGCUGCCGGACCCGCUGUACUCCAUCCCCACAGACAACACCUACAUGCUGGCCGUCACCUCCACGGACAUGGGCCGCAUCUUCCUGGCAGGGAAAGACGGCUGCCUGCACGAGAUCGCCUACCAGGCCGAGGCAGGCUGGUUCAGCCAGCGCUGCAGGAAGAUCAAUCACUCCAAGAGCAGCCUGUCCUUCCUCAUCCCCUCCCUGCUGCAGUUCUCCUUCUCUGAGGACGACCCGGUGGUGCAGAUUGCCAUUGACAACUCCCGCAACAUCCUGUACACGCGCUCAGAGAACGGAGUCCUGCAGGUGUAUGACCUGGGUGCAGACGGGCAGGGGAUGAGCCGAGUGGCAGCCAUGUCUCUGAACGCUAUUGUGACAGCUGCAGGAAACAUCGCCAGGACUAUUGAUCGCUCUGUGUUCAAGCCCAUCGUGCAGAUUGCAGUGAUCGAGCUGUCUGAGUCAUCAGACUGUCACAUGCUGGCCAUCACUCAUGCAGGGGUGCGUCUCUACUUCAGCACCACGCCUUUCGCCCCGCCUAACGCCCGGCACACCCCAGCCCGGCCCAGUAUGCUGGCACUGGUGCACGUUCGCCUACCUCCCGGGUUCUCAGCCUCCUCCACCCUGCAGAAGCCUACCAAAGUCCACAAGGCCCUGUACAGCAAAGGGGUUCUGUUGAUGGCAGCUUCUGAGACAGAGGACAGCGACAUCCUAUGGUGCAUCAACCAUGAUUCUUUCCCCUUCAAGAAGCCCCUCAUGGAGGCCCAGAUGACAUCAAGUAUAGAUGGCCACUCAUGGUCUCUCUGUGCCAUUGAGGAGGUGAAAGCAUCCAAAAUCCUCACUCCCCUGAACAAGGACAUUAUACCCAUCACUGAUUCGCCUGUGGUCGUGCAGCAACACAACGUUCCGCCUAAGAAGUUUGUCCUCCUCUCUGCCAAGGGGAGUCACAUCUUUCACAAGCUGCGGCCGGUGGACCAGCUGCGCCACCUGUUAGUGAGCAGCGCGGGUGGGGAGGGGGAAGAGAUCGAGCGCUUCUUCAAACUGCACAGAGAAGACCAGGCGUGUGCCACAGCUCUGAUCCUGGCCUGCUCCAGCGCCGCCUGUGACAGGGAGGUGUCCGUUUGGGCUACACGCGCAUUCUUCAGGUAUGGGGGAGAGGCACAGAUGCGUUUUCCCUCUGCCCUCGCUGCUCCCAGCAAUGUAGGUCCCCUCCUGGGAUCCCCUGUCCCCGGUUCCCCUAUGGGUGUUGGUAGUCCUGUUCCCAAUCCCAGCUUCCUAGCCACACCCGCUCCAGGUGUGAUGCCAUCCAACGUUUCCACUCCCCUCGUCCCCACCACUCCGCAGGCUCCAGGUGGUGCCCCUCUCACUGCCAUGUCCUCUGGCCCCGAGAUCGUCUUCUCUGGAAAGCACAAUGGGAUCUGUGUUUACUUCACCCGCAUUUUGGGGAAUAUCUGGGAUGGGAGUCUGGUGGUUGAGAAGACAGUGGAAAAAGGAACUCAGAUGGAGAGCACGGUCAGCUCCUCAGACCUGGAGGCGGUGCUUCUGGAGCUGCGGGGACUGAAGGACUUCCUUGACAAGAACUCGCAGUUCAGCCCUGCCUCUCUGGGUGCAGCCAGUUUCAGCUCCCCAGGGAACCUGCAGCAGAGGCUGCUGGGAUUUAUGCGCCCUGAUAGGGGCAGCUCCCAGCAGGUUCAGCAAGAGCUCCAAAGGAAGUACCACACCGAGGCACAGGCCUAUGAGAAGGUCUCUCUGCAGGGCAUUCAGCAGCUGGUGCAUCGUUCCUGUCAGACCCUGGCUCUGUGGAAACUCCUGUGUGACCACCAGUUCAACGUAAUCCUGGCUGAGCUACCCAAGGAGUUCCAGGAGCAGGUGAAGGGCAUUAGCUUUAAGGAUGUGGUGAUCCAUGGCCGCGAGCUGACUGGAGCGCUCAUCACAGCCCUCAUAAACGUCUACAUCAAGGACAGCGCCUCAGUGGACGGCAUUAGCUUCCACCUGCGAGAGAUCUGCCCCCUGUUGUACAGCAGCGACGACAGCAUCUGCUCCAAGGCUAACGAGCUGCUGCAAAGCUCUAGGCAGUUACAGAGCAAGACGGAGAGGGAACGUGCUCUGAGAGAGUCCCUGCAUCUCUACCAGCAGAUCAGCCACCACACCGACCUGCCUCUCGUCUGUACACAGUACCGCCAAGUGCGCUUCUAUGAGGGAGUGGUGGAGCUGUGUCUCAUGGCAGCCGAUAAGAAGGAUCCCCAAAGACUAGGCCCGCACUUCUAUAAGAAUGGAGAGCCUGAGGAGGAUGUGCCUGGACAGCAAGCCUUCCAGGAGAGACUGUCCUGCUAUAAGUGCAUCACAGAUACCAUGCAGGAGCUGGUGAACCAAAGCAAGGCAGCCCCUCAAUCUCCCAGUGUCCCCAAGCAACCAGGGCCCCCUGUCAUGACCUCGGACCCCAACAUGCUGAGCAAUGAGGAUGCCGCCGCCCAUUUUGAGCAGAUGAUCGGUCUCACCCAGAGAUCCCAGGAUGAGCUCUUCCAUAUAGCACUGUACAACUGGCUGAUCCAGGCCGACCUCACGGAUAAACUGCUUGAGGUGAAUUCUCCCUUCCUGGAGGAGCACCUGAUGCGCAUGAUCAAGCAGGACCAGAACAAAGUGCGUAACAUGGACCUGCUGUGGCGGUACUAUGAGAAGAGCCGCAGCUUCAGCAAAGCGGCGCACGUGCUGGCGCGGCUCGCAGACAUGCACAGCACAGAGAUCUCCCUGAAGCAGCGGCUGGAGUAUAUUUCCCGUGCCAUACUAUCUGCCAAGAGCUCCUCUGGCACCUCGGGCCAGGGUGCAGACGGGGAAUUCCUGCAUGAGCUGGAGGAAAAAAUGGAGGUGGUGAGAAUCCAGGUGCAGAUCCAGGAGACACUCAGCAGACAGUACUCCCACCACCCCUCUGUGCAAGGGGCGGUGUCUCAGCUGGACUCUGAGCUUAUGGACAUCACUAAGCUUUAUGGGGAGUUUGCUGAUCACUUCCGCCUGUCUGAGUGUAAGCUGGCCAUCAUUCACUGUGCUGGACACUCAGACCCCAUCCUGGUGCAUUCUCUCUGGCAGGAGAUCAUGGAGAAAGAGCUGAAUGACAGUGUUGCCAUGAACCCAGCUGACCGCAUGAGGGCGCUGAGUUUGAAACUGGUCUCACUGGGUAAAAUCUACGCUGGAACACCUCGCUACUUCCCUCUGGAAUUCCUAGUGAAGUUCCUGGAGCAGGAGGUGUGUCGGCUGAACUGGGACGUGGGCUUUGUCACCUUCACCAUGCAGGAGAUUGGAGUGCAGCUACCAAGGCUUCUGGAAGUAUAUGACCAGCUCUUCAAGACACGGGACCCAUGCUGGCAGCGUCUAAAGAAGCCGCUGCACCUGGUGGAGUGUAUCCACGUGCUGCUCUCAGGAUACGUGGAGGAUCCCAGCCAAGUGCCCAGUUAUGACAGGCGAAGGUUCACUAACGUGUGCCUGGACAACAUCUGUGGCUAUUUGGUGGAGCUGCAGUCUCUGAGCCCCAAUGCUGCGCUGCAGCACAUUAUCGGCAACUUCAAGGCCCUGCAGGCGAAGCUGGAGAGAUUGCACUGAGGUGAAAGGCCCAGCAUAGCGAAGGGCCUCACCCUGUUCCUGACUAGUUAAUACACGUGCCAAGUGACAGCCUCCAGUCUACAGCCUCGUCACUGGCUGGGUUGUGUGCCGCUGCUUUCUCUGGUUUCUCUGAACGUCGGCUCUCCAUGUAGGUCAUGAUGCCAAACUGAAGUGACCUAAAUGACUUAUCCUCUGUCUCUUCCUUGAGAAAUAAAUAUAAGCAGAUAGAUGAUUUGAGGUUGCAUAGGUCUUUUAUACUUUUAACUUACACUAGCAUUGCAGAAUGAACCUACCCCUCAUGCAUACCAUAUGCAGACUCAACCAAAUCGAAGGGCUACUUAUCAGAUGUGAUCUUUGUCUGUGAUAUUGCGGUCAGCACAAAAUGGGAAGGAGAGAGAGAAAGCAUUGAGUAAGGUUGCUUGACCCCUCUUGGUCUCAAAGGGAUUGUUAUGGUGGCUGUUUGUAUAAAAAGAACUUAAAUUAUGCAAUUAUUGUUAUGUUUGUGCACAGCUAUUUAUGUAUGGCACAUUCUGAACACAUUGCCUCUUAAGAUUCCAGGUAUGUUCAAUGGUGUAAGGGCUCAGCCAGUGAAAACUCCAUCCAGUGAGGAAUCUGCUGUCCCCUCAGGAUCAUUCUUGUUCAAUAAAGAAUACAUACUGGAAGCUCAUGUGUUUACAGUUUGAUGUCACCAAUGCCCUUUGUUGUUCUCCUUAUGAGCAGGUGGCUACAUCAGUGAAGCCUACGCAAGAGCAGUCUCUGUCAGUGAAAUAUGUUAGACUUUGUUUUGGCUCAUCUUGCGGUGUUCACUCCGAUGGACUCCUCCUCCAGGUGCUGCUGUAGUAUCAGAUGAGUUUGCUGUUCACACGGAGGGUGCAGCUCACAUUGGAGAUCCCUUACUGAGCUUAGUGCAUGCGUAAGCCCAGUAAGGGAUCACAUGUUGUACAGAAUCUAAACAGCCUUGAUCCUCCCUGAUGCCCUGGUAUAGAGGAAUAAUGUCCAACCACAUCAUGAUCCUGAAAGCAGUUUUCUGGCACUUGCUUUUUUAUUUUGAUGUGUGCACAUUCUGUGUGCUCUUUCUGGAUUCUUCAGCAAUGGCCUAGCAUUUAUGUAAUUGUGUACAAUUACU